CCAAGGAGGAGUGAGGAGCGCAGCCCCCAAAGACAAGACACCAAGAAGAACACCGACAACGGAUAACCAGCACUGCCGUAUCGUAUCGGCCGCCAGAACACUGCCAUUCUAGAUGGAUGCUAGUUGAUGGUCGGAGCUUGCUCGACCAACCGCAGCUUACAGAGACUACCUCGCAGCUUUGCCUUCCUUCUUGCUUUCCGCCCGACUCCGAAAGGGUCAUUCAUCCAUCAUACUUGUUUCUCAGUCUGCUGUCACAGCCGCCAUACCAGUACUACACUACGCUACACCACACCACACCACACUACACUCCGCCUCGUGGCCUGGGCUGCUUCGCUUCGCUUCGCUUUACCGGAGAUCCGCUUGCCAAUUAGGGGCGUCGUCACCGGCAAUAUUAGGUGUCUUAGAAGGUUGUUCCUCGCUCAUUUUGGAAUCUUCAAUUCCUGGGGUUCCUUUGCCGCCGAGGUGCCAGACUGUAAUUCCACUUCGCCCUGUCGAUUUGCUAUCGAAGCCGGCGUUGCACCAAGUUGGACGUCUCUGCCAAGCUUCUUUCUCGACGCCGACUGUCGACACCUUGAGUGCACUGGGAGGAUCCGGGGCACUGGAUCGGAUCUCACAUGCAUCCUCUCGGUCACGGUUCGCUCCAAUACUUCUAGUCCACAAUGAAUUCGCCGCCGAGUUCACUCAACGCAAACCACCUCAGAGACGCAGUGGCAGACCCUGCCACGGAUUGCACACAUUCGACCAAAGAACGGCCCGGACAUCGGGGCGCAAUCGGCAGCCCCCCUUCGCCGGCAGGCUCAGGUCCGGCCGUCAUGUCACCACCCAGCUCCACCAAUACCGCCAUCACCGUCGGUUCUCACCACGACGACGAUGACACGGAGAGCCUGACUGACAGCGUGAGAGAG